UCCUUGUGUGAGUUUAGCAGAUUCUCCCUCGUUCUCACUUCAAUGCUUACUACAUCUUGUAGGUUGGUGUAGGUAGUGUUUAUCAGCUACAGAUACACUUUCAAGCUACUUUAACCCAAACUUUUGUCACAGGAGGCCUGAAAACUUCAACUCCAUUCUCACUUUCCUUUGUAUAACGCUGUUCAGAGGUGGAAAGGUAGUUUUCAGCAUUUUCCCUCCCCUCCCCAUUUGGGGUAGCUUUCUCCUACCAAUCACUUGUUAAUGGCCUGUCAUCCUUUAGUUUUCUUUCAUUAACAGUUACCAUUUAUUAAAUUUGUCAGUUUGUUUAUAUAUGAGCACCCAUUGCCUACUGUCUGAGUGCUUCUUAAGCAGGCAUUGUUUUAGACGUUUUACAUUUAUCAACACACUUAUUCUGUCAAGUUAAUACACUUACACAGAAGGAAGCAGAUGUAAAUGCAAGGUAACCGGAGGCCAUGAAAUCAGUAUGCUUAGCUUCCCUGGUACCUUUACAAAAUGGGCUCUCACAUCACAUAGGAUGUACAUUUCACUAUCUCUAACCUUAUUCUGCCCCUUGAUCUCCCACCUCACCCCCUCAUCCCACAGGCUGCCCACUCCCUCUCAUUUAACUCGAGUCCAGCGCUCCCAAGCUGUCACAUCUUGUGUCUUUUCUCUGACACAUUAGAGUCCUCUUCCUUCCGGAGAAUUUCCUAGUAGCUGAAACUCUCUCACCAGAUCCUGCCUCUCAUGGGGCGGCCAGAGCGCGUGCGCAUGGCAUCGCGGUGCAGAGCCACGGGGCCCGAUUCCCAACAGCCCCCGCGCGCAGUGCAGGCUGGGGGAACAUGGCCGCUUCCGGUCUCGCAGUCCGCCUGGCGCGGGGCUGACAGCGGCUGCAUUCCGGUGCGCUCCUCCCUCUGCAUCUCGCGCCGGCGGCCGCGGAGGGCGCGGCGGCCUCCUGUUCUCGCGCCAUGGAGAAGAGUUCGAGCUGCGAGAGUCUUGGCGCGCAGCUCCCGGCGGCAAGGCUGCCCAGCGAGGACUCACUGUCCAGUGCUUCUACUUCUCAUUCAGAGAACUCGGUUCAUACCAAAUCAGCUUCUGCUAUAUCAUCAGAUUCCAUUUCAACCUCUGCAGACAACUUUUCUCCUGAUUUGAGGGUCCUGAGGGAAUCAAACAAAUUAGCAGAAAUGGAGGAACCAGCCCUGCUUCCAGGAGAGAACAUUAAAGAUAUGGCCAAAGAUGUGACCUACAUAUGUCCGUUCACUGGUGCUGUACGAGGAACGCUGACUGUCACAAAUUAUAGAUUAUAUUUCAAGAGCAUGGAGCGGGACCCUCCAUUUGUUCUAGAUGCUUCUCUUGGAGUGAUAAGUAGAGUAGAAAAAAUUGGUGGUGCAUCUAGCCGAGGCGAAAACUCUUACGGCCUGGAAACUGUGUGCAAGGAUAUCAGGAAUUUACGAUUUGCUCAUAAACCGGAGGGGAGAACAAGAAGAUCCAUAUUUGAGAAUCUAAUGAAAUAUGCAUUUCCUGUGUCUAACAGCUUGCCUCUUUUUGCUUUUGAGUAUAAAGAAGUAUUCCCUGAGAACGGGUGGAAACUAUAUGACCCCCUUCUAGAGUACAGAAGGCAGGGAAUUCCAAAUGAAAGCUGGAGAAUAACAAAGAUAAAUGAACGCUAUGAACUCUGUGACACAUAUCCUGCCCUCUUGGUUGUGCCAGCAAACAUUCCUGAUGAGGAGCUAAAAAGAGUGGCAUCCUUCAGGUCACGGGGCCGGAUCCCAGUUUUAUCAUGGAUUCAUCCUGAAAGUCAAGCCACAGUCACUCGCUGCAGCCAGCCCAUGGUUGGAGUGAGUGGGAAGCGCAGCAAAGAGGAUGAGAAGUACCUUCAGGCCAUCAUGGACUCCAACGCCCAGUCUCACAAAAUAUUUAUAUUUGAUGCUCGGCCAAGUGUCAAUGCUGUUGCCAAUAAGGCAAAGGGGGGAGGUUAUGAAAGUGAAGAUGCCUAUCAAAAUGCAGAACUCGUUUUUCUGGAUAUUCAUAAUAUCCAUGUUAUGAGAGAGUCAUUGCGGAAGCUUAAGGAGAUUGUGUACCCCAACAUUGAGGAAACUCACUGGUUGUCUAACUUAGAAUCUACACACUGGCUGGAACACAUAAAGCUCAUUCUAGCAGGGGCUCUUAGGAUUGCUGACAAGGUGGAGUCUGGGAAGACGUCUGUGGUGGUGCAUUGCAGUGAUGGGUGGGAUCGUACGGCUCAGCUCACUUCCCUGGCCAUGCUCAUGUUGGAUGGCUACUAUCGAACCAUCCGAGGAUUUGAAGUCCUUGUGGAGAAAGAGUGGCUAAGCUUUGGACAUAGAUUCCAACUAAGAGUUGGCCAUGGGGAUAAGAACCAUGCUGAUGCUGACAGAUCACCUGUGUUUCUUCAAUUUAUUGACUGUGUCUGGCAAAUGACAAGACAGUUCCCUACCGCCUUUGAAUUCAAUGAGUAUUUUCUCAUUACCAUCUUGGACCACUUGUACAGCUGUUUAUUUGGAACAUUCCUCUGUAACAGCGAACAGCAGAGGGGGAAAGAGAACCUUCCUAAGAAGACAGUGUCACUGUGGUCCUACAUAAACAGCCAGCCAGAAGACUUCACUAAUCCUCUCUACGGGAGCUACUCCAAUCACGUCCUUUACCCAGUGGCCAGCAUGCGCCACCUAGAGCUCUGGGUGGGGUACUACAUAAGGUGGAACCCCCGGAUGAAACCACAGGAACCAAUCCACAGCAGAUACAAAGAACUUCUUGCCAAAAGAGCAGAGCUUCAAAGAAAAGUAGAGGAACUUCAGAGAGAAAUUUCCAACCGCUCAACCUCCUCUUCAGAGAGAGCCAGCUCUCCUGCACAGUGUGUGACUCCUGUUCAAACUGUUGUAUGAAAGGACUAGGCCAGGGGCAUCAUUGCCAGGAACUUGACAUUACAGCACCUUAUGGGUAGAAAGCCUUCGGUGUUUUAAACCCAUCUAUGGGAGAAUCCUUCAGAUGCUGUAUUUAUUUCAGAUCUCUCUUAGAUGAGUUUAGAAACAUAGUGGUGCAAGUGACAAUGAAGAUCUCAUUUGUAAUUAAAGUAUGACACUAACCUUAAGUUACCCAAAGAAUACUAAAGUUACUGCAGUCCUGUAUUCAACACUGGGAGCAAGUUUUUCAUUUAAAAAUGUCUUCAAAAUCUGAGCACCUGGUAAGAUCUCUAGGAGGGGGAGAAAAGCAAGGGCAUCUAUCUGUUCUUGCAUCUGAGAGCAUCUAUAUUGAGCUUUGAUAUCUGUGUCAGAUCCAAAUACUCCAUUCUCAAUUUUCCAGAUUUUGAUGUGCUUCAGUUUCUUGUUCAUUCACUCACAGCAGAGCUCUGGAGACAGGUGGGAUUUAGUACUUUCAAUUACUAUUCUAAUUAGGAGUUGGCGCCGUUAUCAUUCAAAUGACAGUGCCACAGUUUGAAUAUCCUGAAAUCCAAACAAGGAGUGAAGAGAAGUGUAACAGUUGAAGUGGUGACUGAGCCAUGAAUGUUUACCCUGUCACCAGAGCAGGUUCUCACCUUGGGGGGGUGCGGUGGGGGGGGGGGUGUCUCUGGACUCACUGUUGUCAGUUCAUUGUUGCUGAAAACCUGCUCAUCAGAAAAUUGCACACCCAAGUAAAGGUUUAUAUAUAUAAUUUCAGGAGAUUCAUCAAUCUCAAAAAUCUAUGUAAGGACUCUUAAGAAUUCUAACUAGAAAAUUAAUUCAGCAAGAGAUUGGGCCUUCUGAUGCCCAAGUAGCAUAAACAAUUCAUGCUAUUUAACUGUAAUCCAUAACUUCCUCAAUUAUUUUUUAAGUACAUAGCUAGUACGUUCACCAGCCUAUCUAAACCACUCAGUAACACUGGGCUUAGGUCUCUAAGCACAAGAAUGACAAACAUGCAUCAAAUAUGCACUUUUUUGAGACUGUAUAACAAAUAAAGCCUUUGUUAGCUGGCUGUUAAGCAAAGUUUAAAAAUUGUUUUAUUGAUUUGAAGUACCAAAUUUAUAAAGAUUAACAUGUUGACCUAUUCAGAAUAAUUUACAAUGACAUGAUAGAUUUGUGUAUUCGGUUCACAUACUGCCCUCAUACUGUAUGCUAAAAGCACGGGAUUCAACAUGAUUACAAAUAGAUACUGUCUAAAAACUGCAAAUGUUUUUACAUUUUACAACACCCCCCCUUUUCAUUCUUUAUUCCAAAAUUUAUUUCAUUAACAGCUGUUGAGAGUUUUAUGAAGACAUUGUGACAUGUUUCAUGGGUAACUAACUGACUUAGAGUGUCUGGGUCUUUAAUAGUGACUCAAUGUCUGAAAUACCAAAGGAAAACAAAGCCCUCUUGAAAACAGUACAUUUAAUGGUCAUCUGGAGAAGGGAAGGUAGUGGACACUUCAUGCUGCGGAAGAUUUAAAAACAAGACUUCAAGCACUGACUAUGGGGACAGCCUCAUACUCUCAAUUUUCAAACCCAAUUUACAUAUAUACCUACUUAAAAAACACAUCCACAAGUAAAAAACUGGUCAUUUGUUUACAAAGUGCAGUGUAUGAGUACAGCAAAUUCAAAGACACAGUGGGCCUCUCUGCUGUAGAACUCCAUCUCCGUUCAGUUGUGCUGCACAGCACAACAGACUGUAAUGAAGCUUGGCCCUAACACCUGCCAGUAGUGGCAGCUUAGCAAGCAUGAGACCUGGAAAGUCUGCUCAUUGUCCAGUAAGUACAUCAUUUAUGACCAGUAAGGUACAUCAUUUAUGACCUGGUGUCAGUAAUCCCAACACAGAUUACUGCUUUGCAAUGAAUUCUGUAUGGUUUGCAUGUCCUUCAGUAACUGAAGAUUUUUCCUGCUUUUUUCUCCGGGUCUCUGUUUGGUCAGAUCCUUCUUACUUGUGGUCCUUGUGACUCCAGAUGAACGACUGCUGCUGUUUCCUUCUUCAUCAAGAGUCUUUUUGUUAACUUUUAAUUCCUUCUUCUGCUUAUCUGUGUUUUGUUUUUCCAGCUGAACAAUCAAAGGAGGGAAAAAAUGAAUUCAAUAAAAACAUUUUCUUUUAGCUUUGCUUUUGA